CAACUUGGUGUGAAGUUCUCGUGCCGUAUCAUCACUGUAAAGUUCGAUUUGAUGUGGCACACACCUUCUGUCAAGGCAGCUUUUCCUCGCCACGCAUUACGCCGAGACCCCCAGCAAGCUUCGCAGCCGCAUAUAUCGCGGCGCUUUCUCUGUGUAUAUCUUGCCCCUUCACAAUGGCUUCCACAUCCUCUUCGGCCGCAGUGGCUGCCAUGGUGCAGCGUGCGUCGCAGCAGUAUCUCGAAUGCCGUCGCAACGUUACGGCCAAGGUGGACGAGGUGAAGCUGCUGGACGAGCAGAUUGCCGCUGUGUUCCAGCAGAUCACGGCUCUUUCCGAGGCCCCUGAGGGCGAAGAAGAGCUCUCUGAUGAGGUAAAGGCUGCCGCUAAGAGCGUGGGACGCCUGGAGGUCUCGUUGCUCGGUGUGGAGGGCGAGGAACCCGUGCCCAACGCCACCAUCACCGUGUCCCUCGACCCGGAGUACGAGGAUGAUGAGUAUGAGACUGUGGAGGAAGUCGUGGAGAAGAAGGACGUUGUGGUUACCGAUGAACACGGCCACGUCGUGGAGGACGGUCAGGUGCCCGAAGAGGACGGCGAGAGUACGCCGCGCAAGCUCAAGACGACCACCAAAAUCACGCGUACUAUCAUUAAGAAGCGCGUCAAGAAGGAGAAGGAACCGGCUGUGCGCACCGUGGCUUGGAAUGCUGCUGCUAAGACGGAAGAGGAUGAGGAAUCGACGGCGCUGACGUUCCCCGCUACGUUCGUGUUCGAUCCGGUGCAGUCGCGCGAGGCGGUUGUGAUCAUCACUGUCGCUGCGCCUGCGUCGGAAGACGAUGAGGAGCCUGAACCCGUGAAGGAGAUUGAGUUCCCCAUCACAUCGCUGUUCCAGGACAACGUGUUGGACAAAUGGUACACCACUGCCGACGAAGAAGAGGUGGAGGAACCUACCACCAUCACGGAGCUGGUGGAGGAAGCGGUGAAGGAAGCUGUUGAAGAGGAGGUUGCCGCAGAGAAGGCUGAAGAGACCGAGGAAACCGAGAAGACCGAUGAGGCUGAGAAGGAUGAGAAGACGGAAAAGACUGAAAAGACUGAGGAGACUGAGGCGGACGGGGAGACUGAGGCGUCUGAAAAGACCGAGGACGAGAAGGCUGAGGAGGACGAGAAGGCUGAGGAGGAUGAGAAGGUUGAGGAAGACGAGAAGGUUGAAGUCGAGAAGGUUGAAGUCGAGAAGGUUGAAGUCGAGAAGGUUGAGGAACCCAAGCCGGUCGGUAGCCGUUUCCACGUGAAGGCUAGCUUUACGCUGUCUGAAGCCGAGAAGCUUAGCAUUUCGGUUGUGGCUCUGUCCAAGAAGAAGCAAGAGGCUGAGGCUGCGUUGCAGGUUCUGGAGCGUGAGGCUGCUAGUCUGCGUACCAAGUACGAGCGUCUGAAUGCGAGCCAGCGUCAGAUGAACGCGUCCAGCAUCUCUAAGCCCAAGUCCAACCUCCUUGGCGGCCGCUUUGGCGCCGGUGCUGUGCCUGUGCAGCGCAAGUCGUGGUACCAGAGCUCCUAUGACCGUGCAAGUGCCUUUGCCACCAAGCACCAGCAGCUUCUGGUUAGCGUCGCCAUGUUUACCGGCAGCGUCUGCCUCUUCCACUACAACGGCGAGAACCUGCUGGCUUAAGUGCAUCACGUAAAGAUACUACAGUAUUCUCUACGCUCAAUGCGCUCUCUUUUUUGUUGGGCACGUACACAAACUAGUGACGCAAAGCAAAGCUACCGUAGUGAUGACCAGAGCUGAGCUGCAUUCAUCUGUCCUAAUAGAUAUCAAUAGGUAUUUGGCUUCGCUCAAGUCAUAGGAAACGACCUCCGUUGUCUUCGUAUGUUCGGUAAGCGACGUAAUCGGUAACAAGCCUGACAAGAGCAAUCAUGUGAGAGUUCUUCCACCUCCUUAAGAGCUGAAUGCAAUUAGUUAUCCUACCGAACGACAUUGUGUCCGAGCUUGCAUCGCUGGAGAUCUUGCAACGUGAUCCUGGCCGGAUGCACUGGGGCCACCGCGUCAAAUACCUGCGUCUACAACAAAAGAUCAUUAAAUACUAGUACUACAAUAUCUAAAGUCCUGCA